AUGGAACCUAAGUAAUAUUUAAUUUGUCUACAUAAAUUUAAAUUAUAUUUCUAUAAAAUAAUAUCCGUCUAAAGAAUGAACGAUAACAUAAAUAAUCGAUCAUAAUAUUUACUGAUUGGAGUAUUGUGAUAGUAAUGUCAAAUGGUUUCAUUUGAAAUUUUCUUAUAUUAUAAACUUAGUCAUAUAAGCUUGAAAUCAUUAAUCAAUCAUUCUUUUAAAAUUCUUAAACAGUAUUUAAAAUUGUAAAACAGAAAUAAUCGCAUCACUUGUGAUAGUUUCGAGUACAGCUCGAAUUCUAGUUGCCUUAAUGCACUAAUAAAUCAAUAACUGUUUGGUAACUAUUUUAUACCGAGAUCUUGUGUAUUAGAAAUUGAGACCUGUUUAUACGGAGGUGCUCAUGUAACACAUUAUUUCUAAUGUGCCUGUUUUUAUACAAUUCUCAUAUGUAGAUUUAAACAUUCAAAUGAAUAACUAUUUAAUACAAUUUUAGUUAAAAUAUAUACGGACAUUAAAACAUUAUAUUUUACUACGGUGGCAAGAAAAUAUGGAAACAGAAUUUCUAAAAUAAAAUUACUUUCGUCAUCCAUAUUAAGCAUUUCUAUUUCAACACGGAUUGUUUGAUUUCGAUUGAAUUUUCAAAAAAUAAAAAUAAAAAGAUAUGGUAUUUUAUUAAUAAUUAAGAAAUGUUUAUUUUUAUAUUUCAUGUGUAAUAUGUUAUAUUAGUGUCGAAAUGCCAAAAGCGAAUCAUUUUAUAUUAAUCAAUAUUUUCUUGUCAAUGUAUUAAUUAUAUACUCUACAAUAUUUAUACAAUACAUACAAUACAUUUAAAUAUAGGAUAAACAUAAUUGAAAGAAUAUUAUACUAAGAUAAAACACGAGUAGUUUUUACAAACAUUCUUUAUAUAUAUAUUACCAUGUUAGAAAUGAAGUGUUGAUCAAAGAAUAGUAAUUUAAAGCUGUAUAUAAUUCAUAUGUCAAUUUUUUCUUUUUUUUGUAGAUAUAUUUUCAACAUUCAAAGUAGAAACCUUGUUAAAAUAUACUUUUAUUACGUAUUUUUAUAUAUACAAAAUAACAAAAAUUUUGAUCUUAGUUUAGAAUAUUCAUUAUAUUUACAGGUAGUAGGAAGUAAUGAAACAGCAUGUGCCUCAUACUUGCAAUGUUUAUUAAAUCAUGUAGAUAAUGCGUUAAGAUAGAAACUGCUUAUAAAUUGUCUUAUGCAAUAACUUAUUUAAUAUCUACAAUUGCAAUGGCAGCUUAAUACAUAUCAUUUUAAAUAGUUACAUAAUAUCUAGUAAGUCUUUUUAAUUUUACAGAUUUCAAGUAUAGAAAUAAUAUAUAUUUAAACAACAAUUUUUCCAAUAAUUUUCAAUAAUUUUCAAUAAAUAUUUAAGGGAAAUAUCUUAUAAUUUUGUAUCUACUUUUUUCAAAAAUCCUAAUCCUCCAAAGAAUUAAAUAAAUUAAUAAAAUAUUUUAUUCAUUUAUUAUUUUAUUGUCAUGACUUAUAUUUGAAUCAUUCUUAUUAGCAUCUUCUGUAUUUAAGGACUUUGCUAAUUCAUACAAAUAUGAAGUAUUUUUCCUUAUUUCUUUCUCUAAAUUUAAUUUCUUUUCUUCUUUUUCUUUCAUCAGUUUAGUUUUUCUUGGACUUACAGGUUUCACAAGUCCCUCGCUAACUUUGUAAAUAAUGCUUGUGCUAUCUUCUAAUUUAAAAACAAAGGUUAUCCUGUUACAAAAUACAUACAUCAAUUCAUAAAUCACCAUCACGUAAGUAUACGAAUAAUUUUUAUUCUUACUGUUUAACAUUUAAAUCUUUUUGUAUCUUCUCAAUCAUAUCAAGAGAGAUAUUAGAUGAUGUUGGCCAAGGUACAUAUACUUCUGUUUGUGAAUUUAUAUUUCUUUUUACUUCCAAAUAUAACAAAUCUAGAUUUUCAUUGUAUUUGUAAUUAACUUCCCAAUAUCUUUUUGCUUCACACAAUUCAAUAUAAACAUAAAAUGUUGUGCUUAUUUUUAUAGGAUCAGUACAACCCAACUUUCCAAUAUUAUAAUACUAAUGGCAUUAAAGUAAAUUAGUUUUAGAACUAAUGCUUGAAAUUAUUUAAAUGCUGUUACACUUACACUAGGAUGAUAUACGUCGUACAUGAUUCGGAAGAAGUAAUUCCUAUUUAAGAAGAAAAUUAAUAUUUCUGUUAAAUAAAAUCAAAUUAACCUUAUAUAGUUCAUGUCGUUUGAAAAUAAUCCUUUAACCUUACUACUGAUACUAAAUUGACACAGUUAGAUUAUAUUUAUAGUUUAAAUAUUUAACAAUCAUAAAAAUAAAACAAUAUAUGUUGAGGAUAUACUAUUACAAAAGUUCAUAAAUUAAUUCUUCUCAUUAAUUUUCUUUGCAAAUUUUGCUUCCAUGGACACCACAACGCUAUAACCAUCUAGCGGAGAAAUGGCAGAACUAAUCUCUUUACGACAAAUUAAAAAAAUCAAAUUUAACAGAAUAAAAGGUAAAUUUCGAAUUUUCUAAGAUCUAGAUUAAAGUUUUAACUCAUCGAAAUUUUCUCCGUGCAAUAUUAUGUCGAUUUUACGUAUAAAUUGUUCAAAGUCUAUUUUUGUUAUAGUGGCUCCAUUUAAUGACAAAUUAUCUGAUAUUGACAGGUGGUAAAAAUUAAAUAAGUUGUUAUCAAUUACAAUUAAUAUUAAUUACAUUAGUAUCUUUAUUGAAAUUCAAAGUUUCAAUAUCAUUCUACAAUUACUUUAAUAAUAAUUAUAAAUUAAUAAUUCAAUAAUUUAAUUGAAAGACUGAAAUUUAAAAAACAUAACCUUAUUUCUUUUUAUGUAUUUUUUAAAAUUAAUGUUUGAAGUGAAUAUUACCAGAAAAAUUUUUUUAUGAUUAAAUUUACUGUAAUUUGUAACGGAUGCAUAAAAUCUGCUGUACAAUUUUUUUUCCCUUAUUUUAUUCAAUUUGUCAUUAGAAUCGAACCGUUAGGAAUGUUAAGAUUUUUUGAAUUUUUGUCGUUCCAUUCGAUUCAAUAAAAUAGCGAAAAGAGAUCGCACAGCUAGUUUUAAGAGCUCACUAUAAAGGAAAUUUCAAUCUUCAAGAUCAUGAAAAAAAUUGUUCAAUGAUGGAAAAAUUUCUUCUUUUCGGCGAAAUAGAUGAAUUUUUACAAUUUUUGAGAAGAAAGUAUUAUUUUUACACUCGUUUGCAUGAUGUAAAAAUUAAUAUCUUUGAAAGAAACGGAUUCAGGAUUGUUAAAGUAGAAAAUUCGCGCUAAAAUAAAACCAAGUUAAUUAUUCUACAUUUUCUUUUUUUUUUUAUGAAAUUAUAACAGUUUUAAAGUAUUGACAAUUUUUCAUGUAGUGUAUGAAUAUUUUCGUUUUUUUCUAAGAAUUUCUCAUGAAUUUUGUGUAUUUGAGUUAGACCAGAGUUUUUUAUUUUUUAUUCCAACAUUUCGUGCAAAAUGCGUGCGUAUUGGGUUCAAAUUAAUUAAAGAUUGCAGCGCCAACGGCGGAAUACGUUUCCUGGGAUUCUCGAACCCGAAAUCGAUAAUUCUUAUGAUCGAUUUUUAA